AUAUCUAUGAUUCAUCCAACCAUCCAUCGUGACCUGUCAUUGUCAAACAUUUGUCAAACAAACGUGUCCCGAGUUGAACGUUCAGUGGUGUUGAGUUUUAGAUUCUCGAUAAUUUGUAAAGUCUGAUAUUUUGAUAAGCUUAACUAAGUUUAAGUAAUAUAAAUUAAAUAAAGGUGCAAUCAUUUCGUCCAAACAGAAAAUGGAGUUCAAUUUUUCGUUCCUUACCGGGUUAGGUUGCGGCAUCUGCAUCGGUAUUUCAUUGUUAGCUCUUAAAAGAUAUUUUGGAGCAGCUGCUGAAGUUACAAAAGCUGUGAAGAAGUUUGCAUCAGACUCGGAAUACAAACUGGUGCUAGUUGUAAGAACAGAUCUCAACAUGAGUAAAGGCAAGAUUGCAGCUCAAUGUAGUCACGCAGCUGUAGGUGCCUUUGAAAAAGCACAGAAGAAGGAUCCAGAAGGAUUGAAACAUUGGCAAUACACUGGCCAAGCCAAAGUAGCCCUUAAAACAGACUCCUUGGAUGAAGUGAAACAGAUUUGUGACAAUGCUAAGAAAAUGGGAUUGAUCACUUCUCUAAUUAGGGAUGCAGGCAGGACUCAGAUUGCACCGAACUCCAUCACAGUUCUCGGUGUGGGACCAGCCCCUAAAGAUAUUAUUGACAAAGUGACAGGACAUUUGAAAUUAUUGUAAUUGUGAGACAUUGUUGUGAAAUUAUAUAUGCCAUUUGCACUUACAUGGUCUUGUAAAUAUUGCAUCUAAUAUUAAAUUGAAAUGAUCUUAGAAUUAGUUGGUCUCACUAUUGAAACAAUCAAAAGAAAAGGUUAGGACAUAAAAGCUCAGGAAUCAAAUCAAUUGAAUGAAUAGCCUGUUCUCUGGAAAAAAUUACACAUGUUUUCAAAUCUUAA